AAUGUGUUGAAUAUUACACUCUUAACCAUGUCUUAACAUUGGAAAGAGUACACGUUCCAUCUUGUAUUCGUGUGUUGUUAUAUUUAUUUAUUAAAAAUAUAUAUUUCAUUAUUAAAAAAUGACGAAAAUAAGAAAAGUGAAGCGUAAGAAGAAGUAUCGUACGAAUGUAAAUCGAAAAAGACUACGUAACAAGUUACAAAAGCUACCUACGAUAGGAUGCAAGAAAAUAAAAGAAGAAUGGGAGAUUUAUAAAUCAACACGUAGUAAUCUAAAAGAGAUGGGUUUAGUAUAUGAUCCCAAUGAGACUUUACAAAUUCCCAAUGUAAAACAGGAAUUACUGAAAGAAGUUAAAGAAAAAUUGAUGGAAAAUAGUAUGGAAAUUGAUAGUGAAGAAGAAGAAAUAGAUGUAAUAACCAUACCACCUAAAAUUAAUGUUGCACAAGCUUUAAAAGAGGAAGCAUGUGGAACUAGGAGAAGACUGUUUCAAUUACCGCAUAGUCAAGUACAGUUUAUCACUUAUUUAUUAGACAAAUAUGGAGAAGAUUAUGAGGCUAUGGCACGCGACAAGAAGAAUCACUAUCAGUUAACUUGGAGACAAAUUCGUGCUAAAAUAAAAACUUUUAAAGGCAUUCCAGAACAAUAUAAUAAAUAUUUAUCUAAGAAAAUUGAAAUGUAAUUAACUUUGAUCUUACCAAAUGUAGAAUCAAAGUUAAUUAGUAUAAAAUACGAUGUUUAGUAUAAAAAUCUCUCUCUAUAUAUAUAUAUAUAUUAUACGCGACUAAGAAUUCAUUUUUAUCGUACAUUUACAUUUUAACAUUUUACUUAAUAAAGAAUAAAAACAGAAAAAAUAGAGGAAUGCUAUAAAUAAUAUUAUUAUUACAAAAAUGAAUGUA